AUGUCCAUUUCGGAAUACCACGAUAGCGGCCCAGUGCCGAUCCCAUUGCAGCUGAAUCUCGACAAUCUGGAGGGAAAAUCGGUUAUCAUCACGGGGGGCGCAAAUGGACUAGGAAAAGCCUAUGCCGAAGCAUUUGUGAAAGCAAAGGCCUACGUGACGAUCGCAGAUUUCAAUGAAGUUGCGGGGAAAGAAACAGUGUCUGAGCUUUCAGUUCAGGGAUCUCAAUUUGUCAAAUGUGACGUCCGGAACUGGGAUGAUCAAGUCCGAGUCUUCGAAACUGCUAUCGAAAACUCGCCAUUCCAUAGUUGCGACAUCGUCAUUGCCAACGCUGGCAUUGUCGGGGCGGAUAGUUUGUACCAACUUGAUGGCAAGCUCCAACCUAUCAAGCCGGAUCUACGCAUCAUAGACAUCAACCUCAUUGGUAUUAUAUACACGACCAAGCUCGCUCUGCACUACUUUAGACGACAACCGUUAAGCCCUGCUCGAGAUCGCUGCUUGAUUAUCAAGGGCAGCAUUGCAUCGUAUGCAGACCAGCCCGGGUCGCCACAAUACAAUGUCUCCAAAUGGGGCGUGCGAGGACUCAUGCGGAAUUUGCGUCGCACCACGUGGAAAGAGGGUAUAAGAGUGAAUAUUGUCGCCCCGUGGUAUGUGCGCACGCCGAUUCUGUCCAAGGACAUCCAAGAUUACCUUGAUGGUAAAGGAGUAGGUUUUGCCUUGGUGGAGGAUUCGGUCAAAGCAAUGCUCAAGAUUGCAUCCGACGCAUCUAUCAAUGGGAGGGCAUUUGGCGUUGUGUCUCGCCAAGAUGCUCCGGAAGGAUACAUGGAUUUGGAUCAUGAUGACUACAAGGAGGGCGAUAUUUUGAAAACGUGGCAAGAAAUUGUUCUGGACACAGCACAUCGAAUAAUAGAGUAA